UGCAUUCAAUCUAACGCGACGAAGAAGAAGAGGAGUAAGUUACAUCAACAACCCCCCUGUUUCUGUAAACCGUCCAGCAGAAACACGACAAACACCUCUAUCAACAUUUCCGACAAAAAGUUGCGAAAAUUUAAUAAAGACAAAACGCGUCUUCACCCCAUUCCCAUCCCUCCUCUUCUUCUGCAACUACUCUCAGUUUCUAUUUUUGGUUCCGUUCCGCACUGCGCUUGUAAACCUCGAUCUCUCUGUAGUGAAGAAGCGUUAAUCAAAAUCUUCAUUGUUCCAAUGGUACUUGGAUCACUUUUCGCUCCUCUCAAGUUUUGGGGAAAUACUCAGGAACAAGAACCGCAGAGAGGGAGGAUGCAGGAGAUAGAUCUCGGCAUUCACACAAUAAGAAGCCACGGAGGAGGUCUCGCCUCCAAACACAAGCACGACUGGAUCAUUCUCGUGAUCUUGGUGGCCAUCGAGAUCGGCUUGCAACUCAUCUCUCCUUUCUACAGAUACGUCGGUAAAGACAUGAUGACAGAUCUCAAGUACCCUUUCAACGACAACACCAUCCCCGUUUGGUCCGUCCCAAUCUACGCUGUCCUGCUUCCUAUCAUAAUAUUCGUCUGCUUCUACAUGAAGAGAACGUGCGUUUACGAUCUACACCACAGUAUCCUCGGCUUGCUCUUCACCGUUUUGAUAACUGGUAUCAUCACCGACUCGAUCAAGCUAGCCACCGGACGUCCUCGUCCUAACUUCUACUGGCGUUGCUUCCCUGACGGGAAAGAGCUGUUCGACGCUUUGGGCGGUGUGGUAUGCCAUGGUGAACCGGGAGAAGUCAAGGAAGGUCAUAAAAGCUUUCCUAGUGGACACACGUCUUGGUCCUUCGCGGGACUUGGCUUCCUCUCGCUCUACUUGUCUGGUAAACUCAAGGCCUUUAAUAGAGAAGGACACGUGGCUAAGCUCUGCAUUGUCUUCGCGCCUCUCCUCGCGGCUUGCCUCGUGGGGAUAUCGCGUGUGGAUGACUACUGGCACCACUGGCAAGACGUAUUCGCUGGAGGUCUCAUUGGUCUCUUUGUUGCUGCCUUUUGUUAUCGUCAGUUUUAUCCCAACCCUUACCAUGAAGAAGGAUGGGGUCCCUACGCUUAUUUCAUAGCAGCACAGGAACGAGGACAACAACAAAACGGAGAUGCGUUGAGAACAGUGUCUCUUGAAAACAUGGAGUCUGGCACUUCCACUGCUCCAAGAUGAUUUUUUUUCUUUUUUAAAUUUCAUUAUAUGCUAUUUUAUUUUUUGGGCGUGGUGAGUGUGUGUGGAUGCUAUAGUUUGCAUGUGUGUUAACUUCUACGUGUACUCUUUUACAUUUUGUAAGUAAAUCAACGCUUUUUUGA